UUCCGACUGUAUUUUAAGGCAGCAUUUGCCCACCAGCAGCAGCCAUCCGCAUCAAACAGCUUUCAUUCAGUGAGUGGCCGCUCCAUAGAGAACAACAGGCUACCUCCCUCUGUCCUGUGAUGCUGCACAGCAAUGGGACAAAGGAAACAAGGAAACCUUAUGAAUAAAGGUUGCUCUGUAACAAAGAGCCAUAAAGUCAAUGUCAACGUGGGAUCCUAAAUUAGGGGAACAUUGUAAAGACAGCACCUUGUGUGUUGUUUUUUUUAACCUUAUAAGCUAUUUAUUGUAAACAAUUCAAUCCUUGGACAAUAUCCAGAAGUGUUAAGUUUAAAGUAGGUGAUGUUGUGUAUUCAGUCAAGGAUACCACCAUCACUAGUGGUUUGUUAGGCACUAAUGUUGGGCACUAAUGUUGGGCACUGAGAGAGGCUUUUUUUUGUGUGACAGAGCAGAGCUGCUGUAAAUAUCCAUGUCGAAUAAAACAUGCACAUAACUAGAGGGAUUAAGUCCGCCCAACUCCUACUGGCAGGGCAGUCUUUGCUCCAGCGCCCAGCCCUGCAGCAGCUCCACUCUGUCCUCAUGUGGCACUAGUCACUGACUGAGCCAGGAGUCGACAGAAGCUACAUCUCCAGCCGCACCAUGACUUCAUCGGACAAUGACGAAACGGGGAGCGACCUGUCUGAGUCUUUGGAGAUCUGCGAGCUCCAGGACCAGUACGUAGACCCGGAGAACUGCUUCAAGUCCAAGAGCUUGCCCAUCCUCAAUGGACCCUGUCAGCCGGAUCGGAAGGCUCGCCUGGUCAACACCAAACACACCUGCGUGGCCGUGCAGGAGAGCAGCGAGCUCCAGCCAAAAACCCCAGACUCCAGCCUGGCGGAGUCUCCCUCCUCCAGGACAGACUUCUCCCCCUCUGCCUCCAGCAUGGUGGGGCUCAGCAGCUCCUUACCUGUGGAGGGCCACAGGGCUGCCGGCUCCGGGGGUAAAAAACUUGGUUUCUCUCUCACCCGCCUUAUCCGCAUCCCAGCCAGGAAGUAUGUGCGGGUCAUCCUUAGGGACUCCCGCUGCUUCCUGUUCUGCAUGUGCUACCUGACCUUCAUUCAGUCCCUGAUGGUUUCGGGCUACCUGAGCAGUGUCAUCACCACCAUCGAGAAGCGUUACAGUCUGCGCAGCUCUGAGUCCGGCCUGCUGGUCAGCUGCUUCGACAUCGGCAGCUUGCUGGUGGUGGUCUUCAUCUCCUACUUCGGGGGCAGAGGUCAGAGGCCACGCUGGCUGGCUGUGGGUGGUGUGAUCAUCGCUAUAGGGGCAGCAUUGUUCUCCUUGCCCCACUUCAUCUCGCCACCCUACCAGAUCCAGGAGGUGAACUCAUCAGCCGGCCAUGAAGGGCUCUGUCAGAGCGGCAACAGCAGCGGCCGCGAUCUUCUCGAUGUGGCAUCGUGCCCUCGCGACCAGGAGGGCAACGAGCACAACCUGUAUGUGACUCUGUUCAUCUGCGCCCAGAUACUCGUGGGCAUGGGGUCAACGCCAAUCUACACCCUGGGACCCACCUACCUGGACGACAACGUGAAACGUUCCUCUCUCUCUCUAUAUUGUGCAUCUUAUCUGCUCAGCUCAGUCACCCCUUCAAGUUGAUUCAGCCUUUAGGCUCUGAAUGAGUCAGUGCCACUCAUGAAUAAAGAGAGUCGGGAAGAGCAGAGCUCUUACAGAGUGUGGAGGAGGCAGAGUGGAGACAGCAGAGCCGCGCUGGUCCCUGAAGCAUGUGUGUUUGUGUGUGAUGGAGCGCUGCUGCUGUGCCAGCAUAUUCCUCAAUCCGAUGGCUCUGACCUGGCCGCCCUUCAGCCCGGCCGCAGCCCUCCAAUCCCUUCAUCCCCAAAUAUCCCGGCUCGGUGCCAAGCGGGCAGGGUUAGGGCAACGAACCUCCCUAAGGCAGCGCUGAGGAUCCUCAGCAACAUGACCUUCCUGUUCGUCAGCCUGUCCUACACGGCAGAAUGUGCCAUCGUAACUGCCUUCAUCACCUUCAUUCCCAAGUUUAUUGAGUCACAGUUUGGCAUCCCCGCCUCCAACGCCAGCAUAUACACUGGUGUGAUCAUUGUACCCAGUGCCGGGGUGGGAAUCGUGUUGGGGGGCUACAUCAUCAAGAAGCUGAAGCUCGGUGCCAGAGAGUCAGCCAAGCUGGCCAUGAUCUGCAGCGGGGUGUCUCUGCUCUGCUUCUCCACACUCUUCAUAGUGGGCUGCGAGAGCAUCAAUUUAGGAGGCAUCAACAUACCCUACACCACUGGGAUCCAUGAGUACGCUGCGGUCUGCGGGCUCCGACCGGAUACGCUAUUUCAACCCCUGCGUCUGGGCCGGAUGCAGGCACAGUGGGGGCAGGAUGACAGCACCUGGAUUAGGAACUACACCGACUGUGGCUGUGUGCAGAGCAGACAGGUGAUCACUCCGUCCUCCGGUGGCCAGGUCAACCAGCUCCAGCUGGUCAUUGUUAAAACCUACCUGAACGAGAACGGCUAUGCCGUGUCAGGGAAGUGCGACCGCACCUGCAACACCCUCAUCCCUUUCCUUAUCUUCCUCUUCAUCGUCACUCUCAUCACCGCCUGUGCCCAGCCCUCCGCCAUCAUCGUCACACUCAGGUCUGUUGAUGAACAGGAGAGGCCUUUUGCUCUUGGGAUGCAGUUCGUCUUGCUCCGAACUCUUGCCUACAUCCCCACGCCUAUCUACUUCGGUGCUGUGAUCGACACCACCUGCAUGUUGUGGCAGCAGGACUGCGGCGUGCACGGCUCCUGCUGGGAGUACGACGUCACCUCGUUCCGCUUCGUCUACUUCGGCCUCGCCGCCAGCCUCAAGUUCGUCGGCUUCAUCUUCAUCUUCCUCACCUGGUACUCUAUCAAGCACAAGGAGGACCGGGCCGAGCGCUGGCGCCAGCACCUGCCUCCGCUGGGCACCGUCAGCGAGCUCAUCUGCCACGCCGGAGGCCAGAAAAGCCACGCACGCACACGCUCCUGCCCCGUGUUCAUCCCGCCUCGGCCAGACCCUCCCACCGCCCUGCUGCUCAACCGCGGCCACAGCAGCCUCAGUUGCCCCGGCAACGCCCUCAAAGCAAUAACCCCACCCAUCCUGUUGCCCCAUCACCACAGAGGCUCCGCCCAUGUCUGAGAGCACGCCAAGCCUCCCUUCCGGGGGUCCAUUGUGACACGUGCCUUCCUGUUUGUGUUUCUGCAACGCACGGUGUCCGCUGUACGCCACUCUGACAGCAGGCGGGGCUCCGUAGCUGCUGUAGGACCAACGGGCAGAGGCACAGGCGCGGCCACCAUCAUUAAAGGGCUGCUCAUUGUUGUUUAUGAUACCACGAGACUGACAGUGAGCUUAUCAUCAUCAGCUGCAGCAUCCACGCAGAAAGUCAGACCUCCACUCGAAAGUUCGGACGAUGUAAAGACGUCACAUGGUGCUACUGUUCCAGAGCAGGGCAUUAAAAUCUCUGUACAGACAGACGAGUCAUCAACACAGCAUCUAAAGCACAACUGACAAACCUGUACUAUGCAAGAUCCAAUGUACAGCUCCCUCUGUAUUCUACACCUGUACCUCUUUCUUCUACCCUGCUCAGU